AUGAAGGUUCCUAAACAGUUCUGGGCUGAUGCGAUCUCUAUGGCUUGCUUUCUGAUUAAUCGCAUGCCAUCUACUGUGCUUGGUGGUAAUGUGCCUACAGUGUCCUUUUUCCAAACAAGGAAUUAUUUCCGGUGGAACCUAAGGAAAAACGACAGUACAAGAAAUAUUUGCCCAUUUUUUAUCCCACACCUCCAUCGACUUGUUGGUGCUGAAGAAAUUUCCAUUUUUACUGCCGCAUCUUCCACCACCUCUGUUGCUGCUGUUAUCGCUGCUUCCACAUUAAUGUGGUGCAGUACUCGAAUUGCAUCAUGGAGAGCUGAAUUAGGUCUACCUGAACUGAAGGAGGACAAGGUUUUCAGAGAAUUAGUAAUCUCAAAAUUGGCUAGAGUUCUGCUCCAUAUAGAUUUUGAUGAACGUACAACAUCAAAGGAAAGUCUUGGUGAGCAGUUGAAAAUGGUGGCCAAACGACAAUUUGAUCUAAUGGAAUCAAGACCGCCAGUUGUUCAAGUUUACUCGCGGAGGCAACAGACAAAUGAUACAUGUUCUGCACCAGUUCCUUCAUCAUCAGAUUUGCCUCCACCUAACCCUCCGGAAAAGCUUGACCUUCCAAUUGCUCUUCGCAAAGGUAUACGCAUUUGUAAAUCCACGUAUUCUAUUGCUAAUUUUGUUUCCUACGACCACUUGCCCCCUGCAUCUAGAUCUUCGAUUGUGUCUCUAGACUCUGUUUCUAUACCCAAAACGGUGAAGGAGGAUUUGAAUCACCCUGGAUGGUCUGAAGCAAUGCUUGAGGAAAUACAUGCCUUAGAGAAAAACCACACUUGGGAUUUAGUGGAUUUACCCAGUGGAAAGAAAGCAGUGGGAUGCAAGUGGGUCUUCACGGUUAAAGUUAAUCCUGAUGACUCUGUGGUGAGACUUAAGGCCAGACUUGUGGCUAAGGGGUAUGCUCAGACUUAUGGGGUGGAUUAUUCAGACACCUUCUCUCCGGUUGCCAAACUAACUUCUGUCCGCUUGUUUAUUUCUCUAGUUGCUUCUGAGAAUUGGCAUUUGCAUCAAUUGGAUAUUAGGAAUGCUUUUCUUCAUGAAACUGGUAAGCUGGCUGCCAAGCCUUGUAGUACUCCGAUGGUUCCUAAUUUGCAUCUUAUGAAUGAUGAUGACGAUCCAUUUAAUGAUCCAGAUAGAUACAGGAGUGAGUAUGAUGCAGAUUGGGCUGGAUCUAAGAUUUAUAGAAGAUCUACUACUGGUUACUGUGUAUUUGUUGGUGGAAACUUGGUAUCAUGGAGAAGUAAGAAACAAAAUGUUGUAUCUAGGUCCAGUGCGGAAUCCGAGUAUAGAGCUAUGGCACAAUCAACAUGUGAGAUAAUGUGGAUACAUCACCUUUUAACUGAUACUAGGUUGAAGCAUCCUACUCCAUCAAAACUCUGGUGUGAUAAUCAAGAUGCACUCCAUAUAGCCUCAAAUCCAAUAUAUCAUGAAAGAACUAAACAUAUUGAAGUUGACUGUCAUUUUAUUCGUGAGAAGAUUCAGGAGAACUUGAUUUUCACUGGCUACGUGAAGACAGGAGAGCAGCUAGUUGAUUUGUUCGCUAAAGCGUUGAAUGGCAAUCGAGUUGAUUACCUUCGUAACAAGCUGGGCAUGAUCAAUAUAUAUGCUCCAGCUUGA